AUGAUGUCACUGUGCACGCAACAGCACACGCUAUCUGGCAGGCCACCAAAUCUAGAAGCUCAGGACACCAAAGACCAAGCAGGAAGUGCCCGAACCUCAGUCGUCCCACCGGCGCAGCUCAAAAUUCAGGUACCUACAGAUGCGCUGCUUAGCAACGAGAGCUCACUUCAAGCCUGGAGAGAGCUGGAUCUGGAACUCCUAUCUCUCUGGUAG